AUGGAUGAAGUCAAACCAGAUCGCCAACUGAAAGGCAAAACCAACUUCAUCAGUUGGAAACGCGAGUUUGAACGAGCAGCCAGAGCAAAUGAUGUGCUUGAGUUUCUCACAGGCGAAGAAGUCGUUCCUCCCAAGCCCAACAAAGACGAAUACUUUGUGAAGGUCCUUGACACCGAAACUCGUCGGUCUACUCGGAUCAAGAAAAGUUUAAGCCCGACGACCGAUGACGAAAACGAGACGGAAGACGGCCAGACAGUUGUGUUGACGACCAACAACACACUCCGAUGGCAGAUCGAUCACAACGAACACAAGAAUGCAAAGGAAAAGAUGAAGCUUGCAAACAGAUUGCUUGACGCUUGGAUUUCCGACGGCAUUAAAAUCGAGAUCGAGGAUUGCGCGGACGCCAAAGAAGCUUAUGAUUUUAUCAAGAAGCGAUACGCGGUCACAAAUGAACGUGCGCGCGACAUCCUGUUGAAUCGAUUGAACGACCUCAAGCUGGAUCACUGUUCAUCCGUGACCGACUACACCAAUCAAAUCCGCCAGAUCAAAGCUGAUCUGAAGACAGUCAAAUAUGAUAUGACUGACGACAUGUUUGCAACCGCUCUUCUUCAUGGUCUUCCUCCUAACUACCGCAGCUUCAAAGAGAACUUCAAAUGA